UUAGUAACUCAUUGAAAGGGGGUGGCAACUUCAGAGCUCACUGUAGGGUGAUGGGAGCUUCUGUAGCACUGCCAUGUUCGGGGAAGUUUAGAGUUAACGGGAAAAGGUACUCUAACUUUAGCGUCUUUGUGCAAAGGCAGAGGAAUAUACUGUAUGCUGUAGUUAAAGCCUCGUUUAAAAGACCGUGGGAACCAUAAACGUGAAUAUCGGAUGGUGGUUUUGUCUUGUACAAAGUUGAUCUUUUUUUUUUUUUACGAGUGCGGCCGGCCGGGGGUAAGGGACUCGUUGUGGUCCGGAUCAUGGAGUUUUUAAGAAGAUGACCUGCAGGCAGAGAGGUCCCCUCAAACUUGUCAUCUCCGCAGCAGUAGUAAAGCACACCCAAACAUUUCGCAUGAGCUACCCGUCAGGAACUAAGAUCUGCAGCCCAAAGGAAGCUCAGGAUGAGAAAACCGAAGAUCUGCCGGAUGGUUUUGGCUAUGUGUUUGGGGUCUUUUGUCCUUGUGAUAUUCUACUUCCAGUACACCGGUAACGUAAACCAAGCUGCUGAACAGACUAUUUUGGGGAACAGCUGGCCAGGGAAAUCUGGAAGAAGUCCACUGCAGACCCUGUACGAUAGUGACCAGUUUGAGUUGUCGGCUGUCCAGGCGAUACACCAGGGCCGGAGAGAGCUGCUGGGCAGGGCUUGCCAGGCGUACACCAAGAAGAGGCGGGUCCUGAUCCCCGAUGACCUCAAGCACCUCAUUGUGGAUGACCGCCACGGGCUGCUGUACUGCUAUGUACCUAAGGUGGCCUGCACCAACUGGAAGCGGGUCCUGAUGGUGCUGACAGGGGAUGGCAAAUACCAAGACCCACUGAAGAUCCCGGCUAACGAGGCCCACAUUCCAGGUAACCUGCGCACCCUCUCCGAGUACAGCACUUCCGAGAUCAACCACCGCCUGCGGAACUACCUGAAGUUCGUCUUCGUCCGGGAGCCCUUCGAGCGCCUCGUUUCGGCGUACCGCAACAAGUUUACGCGCAAGUACAACACAGCCUUCCACAAACGCUACGGCACCAAGAUCAUCAAGAGGCACAGGGCUGACCCCAGUGAGGAGGCCCUAGAGAAGGGUGAUGAUGUCUCCUUCGAGGAGUUUGUGUACUACCUGGUGGAUCCCCACACCCAACGCGAGGAGCCCUUCAACGAGCACUGGGAACGCGUGCACUCCCUCUGCCACCCCUGCAUCGUCCACUACGAUGUGGUGGGGAAGUACGAGACCCUGGACCAGGAUGCCCGCUAUAUCCUGGAGCUGGCAGGAGCUGAGGGAGCAGUCCAGUUCCCAGCCUCUUCCAAGAGCACCAGGACUACAGACGACAUGACUGCCCAGUUCUUCCGGAAAAUCAGUCCCUUCUACCAGAAGAAACUCUACAACUUAUACAAAAUGGACUUCCUGCUGUUCAAUUAUUCCAUACCUUACUACUUGAAGUUUAGAUGAAUUUACUCUCUCAUUCUUCUGUAUUUAAAAUUUCAGUUUGUACAGCUUUUUCAGCUUUUUCUGAGCCUGUGUGUAUGCUGAUAAAAUGUGAUUGGAUCCUUGCUUUGAAACUACUUUUAAAUUAAUAGCCCAGGGGGAUUUUAAGGGGAGAAAUUAAUCUUGUCUUGAACAACAUCAGUUUUUCUCUCCAUGCUCUUAAAUAUUUAAGCGUGCAUCUGUGAAUACACGUACAUGUCAGAUAUAUCUGAAAUGCUUCAGGCACUUUCGAGCAAAUCACAUUUGGUAUUAAAGAACAUUUUUUAAUUCUAGAGGUUAUUUGGCUCGGAUAACUUUAUAGUCUGGGCUACUGUGAUCACAUACUGUAUGUGCUACACAACACAAUAGGAAGAUAUGUAAAGAACAUCAAAAGCAGGUAUUUGGUAUUUCCACUUAGACACAUUGCUUGAAUCUGAAUUGAAUGCACUCUAGGUUGUUAGAAAACAUGUUACCUGAGCUGUUUUAUAAAUUUUUUUCACAAUUUAAUUUUUUUUGGCAGAGGGCCUUAAAGGCUGUAUUUAUGUACUAUUUUCUGAUGUUUUGGUUUUUUGCAUCAACGUUAUUUAUUGCUAGUUGAUCUAGUAGGUACUCUGUAAGUACUACAGUAGGUCAGGUAGGUAUGCAUUGCAUAUCAAAGCAAUCACACUCUUAUGUCUUAAAUAACAAAUCCUCUAAAACUACAAGAUUCAUCUUGGAAUUUGUGUGGUCUCAGCUAUGAAUAUGACCUGAGCAUUAGGGCCUUUGUCACUUUCCAUAAAAAUCAGAAAGUUCUGCUCAACAAGCGAUAAUUAUUUUAAUCUAAUGUUCAUCAGCAUGUAUUUACAUUAUUUGCACCAUGAUAUUAGGUUUACUACACUAUUAGUAAACAUUAAAGUGUUAAGUAUGUAAUAAUACAGCCUAAUAAAAAAACAUGCAUUUGGAAGAAAAAAUUUGAAAAUGAGUAACUACUUAAAACUUACCAGUGCAAUCACAAAUCCUCAUAAUCAUAAUCAUAAACAAAAAAAAAUGGAAAUAUGCAACAUAUCUAAAUGAUCCUGAUUGGCAAUAUUGAGGCUCCAGUGUUGUACAGUUUGUAUAAUUAUGCACACUUUUUGUGUCAGACAUUUUUUAAAUACUAGUGCGGCAAGUCAAAUUAUAUUCUGACACUAUGCAGAGAGAGUUUUGUGAAAAUAACAAUAUUAGAGAUUUCUUAGAAUUUUGUUCUUCUGUUGCUUAUUUGUUGCUAGCUUCAAUUCUUGUUUGCAAUGACAGUACAGGUAUGUUGCUAAUUUACAGUAUGUUGGAAAAAGAACUUAACGAAGAGCAAGCAGAUUUGAAAUCACUGGAACAGGCAUUGCAGUGACAUGAACCUUUAGGCUUAUGGAGUUUCUAUCUGAAGUCAGAUUAAUUUAGUCUCAUUUAAGAUGGUCGCUCCAUUUCUGGAGAAAGUUACCCACAGAAAAAUACAGCAGAGGGUCAAAUUUAAUCUUGCUGCCAGAGUGUUCAGCUCUGGGUAUCACCAUGCCUUCUAUGCUUUACUGAAAGUACUCCUAAUGCCUUUUUCCUAAGAACUAAAAUAUCUGUUUGUCUUCUUUUUGAAAUACACACACAUACUGUAUAUAUAUCGUUUUUUGGAUUAAUACAAAAAAAUAAAAACUAAAUCAUCAACAGCUUUAUUUUGAAUGGAGAAGCUCCGCAGCUCUCAGUCAGACUGUGUGAGGAAUUUACAAACUGUCAAAGUCAUCUUAAACCAAUCCGUUAACUUAUGGAAGUUUCAAUAUGGCGGUUUGUGCUCACCACAAUGGCUGCAAAAGGUGUCACCCUAAAUGUAUCAAAUAUAUAUUGCUGCACUUUGCCUGUAGCAGUUUGACUAGACCUCAAAGGCUUCUAGUGAAGUCACUAAAUAUAAACUGUAAUUUCAGUGUAGUGCCUGUAGGAAAACAGUGUAAGAAAUAAUCCAGGGUUGGCAGUUACCUUUUUUAUUCUACUUUUACUCUGCUUUAGCCUUAAUACGUUUACUCUUGUCUAUAUUCACCUUUCCAAGAGCUUUAGGUUUUGCUCAUGUGUGUGUGAACAAAGGCAAAGCACAAAAGGAAGGAAGAAACAGAGCUUAUAUCUGCAGCUGUGUUUAGGAAGUGGUGGCAGCUAGGUCUUUCAGGUCAGAUCCAUUUUUCACUGCUAAGUAAGCAAGUCUGUAACAGAGUGCUGUGGAAUAGCUGCACUGUAACAUGGUAUCUUUUAAUUACACAGACCUUAUGUCCCCGUUGCGGAGACAUUUUAAUGUAAACUUGCAUAAAAGCAGAAAAUGUUAAUGAGAUGAAAGUUGGUUUGGCAUUAACUGUUGCAGUUCUGUUGUCAGGCAAAAAUCAAAGGGGAAAAAAUAUCAUUUUAUGAUGCUGUCUGGUUAUAAAUAUAAAAGCCUUUUUGUUUUGUUUUUUGUCACAUUUCACCAUUAGGUAAACAGUACUUUUAAAAUGUCACUUCUCCCCACCUUACAUUCACAAGUUAAAUGAUCAGUCUUUUUUUUUAACUGGAUACACAUCUAGUGAGCAUUUGCACACUAUUCUAAGUGGGGCGGUGCACAAGAAAGAUACUUUUUUAAAUAAGAAACUGUGAAUGUGAAUAGCUGUUUUAAAUUCCAAUCAAAAUUGCUGACCACUUUGGAGAAGCAUUGGAAUGGACAUUUUGUGUUAAACUUUGUAAUAAUUUAAAAUUUUCUAUUCAAAAUGCAAAUAUCUUUUUUUUGUAUAAAGCUUAAAUUCUGUAUUUGUUUUUAAUAAACCAUGGGGCAAAAGUCAAUAUCUUAUCCUACAGAUAGAUUUCCCUUAAAGUUAUAUAGCCAAAAUGCUUUCUUUCUCAAAAAGGGUGUUUGCCAUUCCUACACAUGAUUGAAUGCUUUACAUUUGCAAUUUUGUUGAAGGCGAAAGCUACAAAUUGUCUGGAAGGAGUGCAGUCUCAUCAUGUUUGACAGCUUUGCAGUAUCCACUGAUCAGAUGAGAACAGCCAAACUUGCAUAUCAGAGAAUCGAGUCCCAGAAUACAUUAGUAUGCAGUAGUAAAUGACUCUGCAUUCCAAAGCACGAGAUAAUAAUACAGACUAAAACAAAUGUGAAAUAGAAAAAAAUGCAACAGGCUGCUCUGCAGGAGCAGGUAUGUGAUUGAUUUCUGCCCUGCAGCUCUGAAAUCAUUUUACAUGUCCGCUGUCCUAAAAUAGUUGGUCUGUAGAUACAAAGAAUGUUUGCAUAAUUACUAAACAUGCUUAUUUGCAAUUAAUUGCUGCUUCAGCAGAGGCAUUGAUAGACUGUCAAGUGUUUGGACAGCAUGCAAAGCUGUCCCAAUACCCCUAUAUUUUUAUGGGAAAAAAUAAAUUUAAAAAACAUUUUGGAAUUCUAAGGAUA